CUUGGGGUCUCACUCCAGUCUUCUGGGUAAAAGAGCGCUUCCACUGCGCCAGUGUGUGUCUUCACCAUGGCUCCCUCCGCGACAGAUACCGAUUGGUCUGUCAACUACGAUGUUCUGAAGCGUGAGAAGCUGUUCAGAAACCCUCCUACCGAUCAUACCGCAUACCCUGCGUUGGCCGCCUCCAUCCGGCCGCACGUCGAUUCUUUCAAUGCGCUCUUCGACGGCCCCAAGACCCUGGAAGAGGCCUUGAAGGACAUCGGCACCAAGACCUUCCUGGACGGGGAUGUCGAAACCUCCGAGCAGAAGAAGGUUCGCAUUGCGGAGGGUCGCAAGGCACCCCGGCGGAACCGGCUCAAUGUUCGGAUCAGUGAGGUUUUCCUCGAGAAGCCAGCUCUUCCCCCCACCAACAAGUUCGCGACUCGCAACCGCAAUAUCUACCCCUCGGAAUGUCGAGAGAGACAUGCAACGUAUCGUGGAAAGCUGCGCGCUCGAAUUGAGUGGCAGGUCAACAAUGGCGACUGGAUGGAGUCGGUCCGGGAAUUGGGCCAGGUUCCCAUUAUGCUGAGAACCAAUCGAUGCCACUUGGAGAAGGCGACCCCACACGAACUUGUCGAGCACAAGGAAGAAUCGGAGGAAUUGGGAGGCUAUUUCAUCGUCAACGGAAACGAGAAACUCAUCCGAAUGUUGGUUGUCGGAAAGCGAAACUACCCCAUGGCGAUCGUCCGUGGUUCUUUCGUCAAGCGUGGUCACACCUACACCAAAUACGGUAUCCAGAUUCGAUCCGUGCGGCCAGAUCAGACCUCGCAAACAAAUUCCCUACACUACCUGACCGACGGCAACUUGACCUUCCGUUUCUCAUGGAGAAAGAACGAGUACCUCAUCCCGGUGAUGAUGAUCCUCAAGGCUUUGGUGGAGACGAAUGAUCGCGAGAUCUUCGAGGGAAUCGUCGGUAACGCCUCGUCCGAGGGCAUCAAGAACACUUUCAUCACGGAUCGUGUGGAGCUGUUGCUUCGGACGUACAAGGCAUACAACAAACACAGUCGUUCGGCCUGUCGAUCGUAUCUCGGAGAGAAGUUCAAGCCCGUUCUCGGCGUAGCAGCCGACAUGUCCAAUGAGGAUGCUGGUACAGAGUUCCUUCGCAAGGUUGUCCUUCCCCACCUGGGCUGUCACAAUGUCACCGAAACCCAGGAUUACGACAAGUUCAAGAUGCUCCUGUUCAUGAUCAGAAAGCUCUACGCGUUGGUUGCCGGCGAUUGCGCUCCGGACAACCCGGAUGCGGUUUCUAAUCAAGAGAUCCUUCUUGGUGGUUUCCUUUAUGGAAUGCUUCUCAAGGAAAGGCUUGAGGAGUGGGUGCGGUCUUUCAGCCCAAUCCUGAGAGACUGGUCCAACCGGAAUAGCGGAGCCAAGUUCACCGAUUCCGCUUUCGAGAGAGACUUCCUCAGCAAGAUCGUGAAGCGGUCCAACGAGAAUAUCGGAGGAGCUCUGGAAUAUUUCCUCUCUACCGGUAACCUCGUCAGUCCCACGGGUCUCGAUUUGCAGCAGGCGUCCGGUUACACCGUUAUGGCGGAAAAGAUCAACUUCUACCGGUUCAUCAGUCACUUCCGCAUGAUUCACAGAGGUAGCUUCUUCGCCCAGCUGAAGACCACUACGGUUCGUAAGUUGUUGCCUGAAAGUUGGGGUUUCUUCUGCCCCGUACACACUCCUGAUGGAGCUCCUUGUGGUCUGCUUAACCAUCUUGCACACAAGUGUUUGAUCGCUACCAGCGACGUCGACGUAUCAAAGGUCCCCAAGGCAUUGGUGCAGCUGGGUGUUCGUUCUGAGUCGUCAGUUUCUGUGGAGGAGAACGUGACUGUCCAGUUGGAUGGUCGUAUUAUCGGAUACUGCUCACCGAAGCAGGCCGGUGCCAUUGCGAACACGCUGAGACGUUGGAAGGUGGCAGGAGAUGACCGAAUCCCUCUCGAGCUGGAGAUCGGUUAUGUUCCCAACUCUACUGGCGGUCAGUAUCCGGGUAUCUACAUGUUCUCGCAAGCCGCCAGAAUGUUCAGACCCGUCAAGUACCUGCCCCUUGGCAAGCUCGACUACGUCGGUCCCUUCGAACAGCCCUUCAUGGAAAUUGCGUGCAUGCCCAACGAUCUCAUUUCGGGUGUUUCCACUCACAUUGAGUUCACUCCUACCAACAUGCUUUCCAUUGUCGCCAACAUGACGCCCUUCUCCGAUCAGAACCAGUCCCCUCGUAACAUGUACCAAUGUCAGAUGAGCAAGCAGACAAUGGGUACGCCCGGUACUGCUAUCGAUUACCGUACGGACAACAAGCUUUACCGGUUGCAGACUGGUCAGACCCCGAUCGUGCGGUCGCCGCUGUACAACGCCUACGGUCUGGACAACUUCCCUAACGGCACGAACGCCAUUGUUGCUAUUAUCUCCUACACCGGUUACGACAUGGACGACGCUAUGAUCAUCAACAAAUCCUCUCACGAGCGUGGUUUCGGUCACGGUACAAUCUACAAGACCAAGGUCCACGGCCUCGACGAGAACGACUCCCGCAGAGGCAAGUCCAGACGCGAGAUCACCAAGCUCUUCGGCUUCGCGCCCGGUGACCAGAUCAAAGCUGAAUGGCGUGCAACGCUCGACGAGGACGGUCUGCCGCACAUCGGCGCCAGAGUCAAGGAAGGCAGCUAUGUUGCAGCGUGGCACAACGUGCGGUAUGACGCGGCCACCGAUUCCUAUGUCAACGUGGACGGCGUCACCCAUUUCGUGAAGUACAAGGAUGCGGAAGAGGGAUACAUCGACAGCGUGCGCAUCUUGGGCGCCGAGUCCGGUGUCGAGCCCUGCCAAUCCAUCAGUGUCAAGUACCGCAUCCCCAGAAAGCCCAUCAUCGGUGACAAGUUCUCGUCUCGUCACGGACAGAAGGGUGUCUGCUCUCAGCUGUGGCCGGCAGUGGAUAUGCCCUUCUCCGAGAGCGGCAUCCAGCCCGACCUGAUCAUCAACCCUCACGCUUUCCCCUCCCGUAUGACAAUCGCCCAAAUGGUGGAGUCAAUGGCCGGCAAAGCCGGCGCCCUGCACGGCCACCCACAGGACAGCACUCCGUUCCAAUUCUCCGAAGAGAACACAGCAGUCGACUACUUCGGACACCAGCUCCGCAAGGCAGGAUACAACUACUUCGGCAAUGAGCCACUGUACAGCGGGAUCACAGGCAAGGAGUUCGCAGCGGACAUCUUCAUCGGCGUGGUGCACUACCAGCGUCUGCGUCACAUGGUGAACGACAAGUUCCAGGUGCGCACCACGGGGCCGGUGAACAAUCUGACAGGCCAGCCGGUCAAGGGCCGCGCCAAGGGUGGCGGUAUCCGUGUCGGUGAGAUGGAGCGCGACUCGCUGAUCGCCCACGGCGCCGCCUUCCUGCUGCAGGACCGCCUGAUGAACUGCUCCGACUCCACCCGCUCCUGGAUCUGUCGCGACUGCGGCUCCUUCCUCUCCACCCAGGUCGUCGCCUCGUCCGCCGGCUCCAGCAAGGCCCGCAUCGCCGCCGCAAAGGCCGCCUCCAACCAGAGCAGCAGUGGUGGCCCCAGCGGCCCCAGCGGUAUGUCCGGCCUCGUCCGCUGCCGUCGCUGCGCCCGCGAAGCAGUCUUCGAUGACUCCCGCGCUGUCGUCUGGGAGGAUGGCGACGGCCGCCGCUACGUCGGCGGUGAUAACGUCACCGUCGUCGCUGUCCCCGGUGUCCUUCGCUACCUGGACGUCGAACUCGCUGCUAUGGGCAUCCGCAUGAAAUUCUGGGUCGACAAUUGAGCCCGGGUUUGAAUUCGAGGACACCGCACACGUUCCGUCUGGCUGUCCUUCUGCAAGAUUUCUCAUAGUCAAGGCAGAGCGCAAUUGUGUGUCCUCAAAAAGCAUUGAUCUGUUCUUCUUUGUUGUGUCGUGUUUGUCAUAGAUGGGCGUAUUCCAGCAAUUUUUCUUUUUAUUUAGUGUUGGUCUUGGAGAGAUGUUUGUAUUGAUUGCCAUGUGGUAUGGACUUGUAC